UAAUCUUUUUCCUCUUGUUAUUGAACUCUUUCUAAAUUCUAAUGUCUUUCCUUAAUUUCCCUCCAUGGCUUCCUCUCAUCAUCUUCCUCUCUUCACUUUUCAUCAUCCUAAAAUGGAAAGCAGCUGCAAAUAGAAGAAAGCGUAAUCUUCCCCCAAGCCCACCGAAGCUUCCGAUCAUUGGAAACUUGCAUCAACUUGGUGAGCUCCCACACAAAUCCCUAUGGCGUCUCUCUCAGCGUUACGGUCCCAUUAUGAGUCUCAGCCUUGGCGGUGUAGAAACCACCAUCGUAUCCUCUGCCGAGACGGCUCGUGCCCUCAUGAAAACCCACGAUCUUCAAAGUUGUAGUAGACCACAAACUCAAUCAGUCAAAAAACUCACUUACAAUUUUCUUGACAUUGCGUAUUCACCUUAUAGUGAUUACUGGCGAGAGAUGCGCAAGAUUUGUAUACUUGAGCUUUUCAAUAUAAAGAGGGUGUUAUCUUUCGAACCUGUUAGAGAGCAAGAAGUUGGUUUGCUAAUUGAAUCGAUUUCGCAAUCAGCUUCUUGUGGAGUUGUUGUUGAUCUUACUGAGAAGUCCACUACUCUUACUACUGGUAUUAUUUUUAGAAUUGCUUUUGGGAAAACUUUUAAAGGGGAUGGAUUUCAUGAGCUUGUGAAUGAAGCUGAAGCCGUAUUAGGAAGCUAUAAUGCUUCCGAGUUUUUUCCUGUUCCUUUUGUGGGGAAGGUAAUUGAUUGGUUUAGUGGCCAAGAAGCUAGACUUGAGAGAGUUUUUAAUGAGAUGAAUGUUCUGUUUCAAGAAGUGAUUGAUGAACAUCUUCAUCCUAUGAGGCCUAAGCCAAAACAAGAUGAUAUCAUUGAUGUGCUUUUGGCGAUAAGUAAAAAGCAAGUUGAAUCUUGCACCGUUGUCAUUACCCAUGAAAACAUCAAAGCUAUUCUUAUGAAUAUAUUUUUAGCAGGAAUAGAGACGAGUUCAAGUACAUUAGUGUGGGCAAUGGCUGAACUUGCGAAAAACCCAACAUUGAUGAAGAAAGCUCAAGGAGAAAUUAGAAAUCACGUGGGAAACAAAAGAAAGGUAAUAGAGACAGACUUAAAAGAGCUUCCAUAUCUGAAAAUGAUUGUGAAAGAGACACUAAGAUUACAUCCACCUGUGCCUCUUCUUGUUCCAAGAGAAACCAUUUCCCAUUUCAAAAUUGAAGACUACAAUUUUUACCCAAAAACAAUGGUUCAAGUAAAUAUUUGGGCAAUUGGGCGAGACCCCACAUAUUGGAAAGACCCAGAAAAGUUUCUUCCAGAGAGAUUUGUAGAGAGCUCGAUUGAUUACAAAGGACAACAUUUUGAGUUCUUGCCGUUUGGGGCUGGUCGGAGGAUAUGCCCAGGGUUGAAUAUGGGCAUGAAAAAUGUGGAGUUGGGUUUAGCAAAUCUUUUGUACCAUUUUGAUUGGAAGCUGCCGAAUGGGAUGAAGGAGGAGGAGUUGGACAUGGAAGAGAAUUCGGGUUUGAGUCUCACCCUCCAUAAAAAGUUGCCUCUCAAACUUGUACCAAUUUUAUACCAUCCAUGAGUAGUUUUAUGGCUUAGACUAAUAAUGGGUAUUUUUAUAUGUAAUAUGUAUAAUGCUUGAACUCUUAUUUACCAAUAAAAUAAAUGAUGUGAAAACUCACUUUGUUGGAGAACUUUCACCC